UGUUAUUGUUUAAUGACCGAAAAUUUAAUAAUUUUCAAAAAAUAUACAAACGGACUUGAAUGAUUCACACGUAGCGAAGUAAAUAAUACACUAUAUUAAUUUUGGUGAGAGGAAUACUAAUAUGCAUAUAAACCAUGAUUUUAGUGCACACAUGGAAAUUAAUUUCCCACUAUAUAUUUAAAGAGCGUGUUAAUUAGUGAAAACAUCGUAUUUAAGAUAAUACCUAAAACACGCAGAAAUUAUCAUAUUCAUUUAAUUUAAUUAUUUAUUGCAUGGACAUGUAUCGUCCUAUUUGAAUGAUAUAUGAAAAAUACUUUACAAACGUUUUAUUGGAAUGUAAAAUAUGUGUCAAAAUGUCAAGAAAGAACUCCGUCGAACUGGAUAAUACUACCUUGGAUACAUUCUCCAGUUCGUUUGACUGGACUUUAGUGUUCGGUAACGAUAGUUCUAAUUCGAGUGAGGAUCAAUUUGUGGGUGACGGGAAGGAGUUAUGGCGGGAAAUUCCGUUAGGGAUUGUGCUUACGUUCCUGUGUCUCCUCACAACGGUUGGCAACGCCAUGGUGCUGCACGCAGUCCGCACGGAACGCCGUUUACAGUCGGUGAGCAAUAUGUUUAUCGUGUCCCUGGCUAUCGCAGACUUGAUUGUUGGGCUGGUGGUGAUGCCAAUUAGCACCGUCUAUAUCUUCACCGAUGAGUGGCUGUUUGGAAUUGCCGUCUGCCAGAUCUGGAUAGGCAUCGACUACACGGCUAGCACAGCCUCAAUCCUGAACCUCUUCAUCCUUAGUUUGGAUCGAUACUGGUCCGUAACCUCUCCUUUGAAAUACCUGAGGAAACGUACAAAGAAGAGAGCUGUUUUAAUGAUAACAGGAGUUUGGUGUUUAUCCUCUAUGUGGAUUGUACCCAUUAUUGGAUGGCAUCACUUCUUCUUUGGUGGGGAGAGGAGUGUUCCUUCAUCUGUGUGCGAUACUGAGUAUGCAAAGAAUAGUGCUUUUAAGGUUGUGACGGCGUUCUUCAAUUUUUACCUUCCGCUAGCGAUUAUGUAUUGCUUAUACUGGAAAAUAUUUCAAGAGAUUCGUAAACGGUCUGAACUGGAAUUAGGUCAAAGAAAUGUUAAAAAUUAUGCUUCACCUUUAGUAAAUAAUCAGUCUUGUGUAGACGACAUAUCCUUUAGUGACAAUAAUAUAGACACACAUUUUGACAGUCACAGUCAUACCCAUAUUGAAAACCCACACAUUACACACAUUCCGAUUGAGUUAAGCAUAUUUAGUAUGUCAACGAAACAUUCAAACAAUCACAGAACACAAAAGACAACGAGGGGCAAAAGGUGCAAAGGAUACUUUGUAAAACGGUUCUUAAAAUCACCAAGGAAAGAUAAUCGGUUAAAAGUAAUUCAAAAUGGAGCGGCCUUAGAACUUCCUUCAACAACGAUAAGUCAAAAUUGUAAAAUAGAAUAUGUUUACGACGAAAAUGUAAUUGAUGAGGAGACUGAAAAAGUUGAACGGUACUUUUACGAGGAGUUUUCAUCCAUAAAGCCACAACAACAACCACCACAUGCACUUAUAAUGAUGAACAGUAACAACACAUCGGCCGAUCUAUCAACACCAAGCACUCCGAAAAGUUCUAGUUCUAGCACAGAGGACAGACGUACACUAGCAAAUAAGACAGCGAACUAUUCCCUGAUAAGUGGUCUACGGCGUAUAAGGGAGGCCGAAUCCAUAAUUGACACGACAUGCACUGCUACAAGCAACUCCAAGACAAGUGGAAGUAGUAGAAAUCAGUUUGUGUUCCGCGAUGAAAGGAGUAGACGGCAUUCCACAAAUGUGUUCAAUAUCAAAAACAGGAUUAAAAACAUACGGCAAAGUUCUGCUUUGACAAAAGAAAUCAAAGCGGCUCGGCAACUUGGAGUAAUAAUGGGUGCUUUCACGCUUUGCUUUCUUCCAUAUUUUAUUCUGUUCCUUGUUGUUGCAUUUUGCGAUGGAUGCAUAGAUCAAGGGUUACUUCUUGCAAUGACCUGGGUUGGCUACCUCAAUUCUACACUGAAUCCCUUCCUGUACCCACUGUGUAACGCCAACUUUAGGCGUAAGUUUAGAAUGAUGCUUGGAAUGAGGUCCAAACGUUCGAGAUUUAGAAGAAAGAACGGACAUGAAAGAAACAGCAUGUCCACAGCACGUUAUGACUAACCAUGAAUACAAAAUCAAAAAUAAUUACGUUUUAUUUGUUACAUUCUCCAUUGAUGAAAAGCCAAUAAUUGAAAGUUCUGUAUAUACAAAUUAUGUUAAUUCUUGACUAAAAUGCCUUCAUUCGAUUGUUAAUAUUCAUAUAUGAUUAUCAAUUGCAAUAUGCUUUAUCGUGUUUAUUUCAAAUAUGGAUUCCUUUAUGUGUGUACAAACAGUGAUUAUUUACAUUUCUUUUACGAUUAUAAAAUGGACAAGAAAUUGAAACCUGAUUGAUUUAAAAGUGUUCGCUGAAAAACAUAUCGAACUUGAUUGUGUAUGUUUAGUGCGAAUAUACAUAUUUCA